UGUGUGUACGUCACGUGACAGGCCCGGGUAGUUCGAAAACGAACAGCUAGGAAAGUCGGGAGCGCCACAGAACAGUGCCGAUUACCGCUAUGUUGCGCACCGUGCCCCGGGCCACCGUCAGAUCCGCCAUUAGAAAGCGCCUUCCUCAGCUGCGGCUGGAUGCCAACGUGGACCUGCUGAUCUAUUUGAACUGCGUGCUGUUCCUGCAGAGACUGGCGACAGAAGCCCGCCUAAAAGCCAUAGAGCAGAGAUGCUCGGUGAUAAAGCCUGCGCACAUCAGGGCAGUGGCCAAGGUUGUCCUGAAGAAAUCAAGAGGUUAACAGUUUCAGUAAAGAAGCGAUCUUAAAACAUGAGAGACUCAGAUGAAGCUCUUGUUAUAGCUUAUAGAAGCUCUGCUCUAUGCCUUGUAUAUCUUAUUGGGUUAUUUACCUUCUAAAUUUGAUUUGGAGUUGUUUUUUGCUCCACUGUCAUGAAUGUGCUUUGCAAUAACUUAUGAGGACAUAGUAAUCCAGUUGCUAACAGUAAGGGAUGAAGAAGAAACUUAUUUUGUCUCCCUUUCAAAUAAGAAAUAAUUUUUGGUAACUGCAAUUUUUGGGCAGCUAAUAGUGAUGGACCAUGGGCACAACGUAAGUCAAGGUAACAUAAUCCUUGUGUAAUAAGCAAGCUGCUUUGUAAAAACUGAUGAGUGCGGUAAACUGUACCUGAGGUGCUGAUUUGGGAAUGUAUGCAUUGUAGUGAAUAACACCUUUUAAGAUGCAAGAUGGCCUACUGGCAUUGAUGCCCCUCUGGAUAGGUCAUCCGUAUCUGAUUGGUGGAGGUCUGACACCCUGCCGAGCAGCUGUUUGGGAAGGCAGAGGUGCUCGCAGUAAAACAAUGCGACCUUCUCCACCUUGCCUAGGCCAUGUCACAUCUUGUUCAUCAGUCACAUGGCCUAGGAGCAGCUCAGCCCCAUUGAAGUGAAUGGGGCCUGCUGCAAUACCGAGCACAGCCGAUAUACAAUGUAGGGCACUGUGCUUGGUUAGCUAAGAAAAGACCACUGCGCUACCAUGAGCACUUAUGCUUUCUCCAACAGCUGAUCAGUGGGUGUCCCAGUUGUUGGACCCCACCGAUUAGAUACUGAUGACCUUUCCAGAGGAUAGGUCAUCAGUAA